AUGAUUGCCGAAUUUUACUCUGCUUGUAUUGAUAAUGUUGAUGCCAAAUUCUUUGAAAGAAUCCAAAAUUUGUCAAGACAAUUAUUACCAAAUUUAUCAUCAAAUUCUUUAAAUGUUGAUGAUGAGCUCCAAGUUAAUAAUGUUUCCGGAGUUUUGAGUCCAAGAAGAUUACAACAACAAAAAAUUGAUGUAGACUCCUUGAAAAAAGCUUUAACAGCUGUCAGAUACAGAGAAUUCAAAGAUGAUUUCCCCUUCUCUGUCAAGAAAAUGCUUUUAGAAACCGCUCAAUAUUGUGAUAAACGUCAACAACUAAAUCAACCACUCAUCCAAACUCGAUUACUCAUUCCAAUCGCUAAAACCAUUAGUUUCGAUUUAUAUAAUCGUUCUCUCUCCAAAUGUUUCAAGAAUCCAAACAAUGUUCCAUUGUUUGCCAGACCAUACUGCCAUGGAACCAAGGCAUUGUACACCCGUCACUCUCUAAAUACUAUGAUGGAUUGCAAGCACCUCCUCGGUCGUAACGACAUCGAUGUGAUCCACGGUGACAAGACCGGCCAACUAAUGAACGUAGCCAAAUUCAUUGUAUCGCAACCAGGCGCCAAUAUGCAACCAGCUUUCCAACAAAUGAAAAACGAAUCGGAUCCAUCGAAACUUUUUAACUUCCAACGUUUAAUUCAAUUGUUCAAGAUGCGUGAUUUCCUCAAGACUCAGGAGCUCAAGGAAUCACUAUCAAAAGUCGGUUGCCAAGUACACAGUUGCACCAACGAGGUUCUAGUUAAUUCUCUCAAUAACGUAGGAACAUGGGCUGUUCGCGCAGCAGUUGCCCAUCUCGAAAGCCAAAUGCUUGAAGAGAACCUCAGAAGUGCCAGCCAAACCAACAACUCUGACAUUGUAUGCCAAUUGAUUCUGUUGGAUUCAUUGGUCAAGAUUCAAGACGAUAUGGGUUGGAUAAUCACCAACCAUUUGAUCUCCGAGGAUCAAGCCCUCGACUUGCCAUUCAUUAUCGGUGAUGCCUGUACUAUUUUGGCACCAAACUUAAUGAAUCUUGUCGAAGCAUUCGAUAUUCCAAAGAUAAUCUCUAAAAAUUAA